AUGCUGCACUGGCUACAAGUGACGAGCGCCGACGAGUAUACGCUCAAAGAACUCCAGCGCGAAGUGUGUCGAGCAGUGGUGCCGCUCCUGUCGCUGCGCCCACCGACCAUCUCGGCGCACGACAAGAGCAUCCUUUUGGCGUUUGUGACCCGCGCACAGUCGGACGCAACGAUGACAGCGCCGUGCACGAGCCUCCUCGACGCCAUCACCCGUGCCCAGAGCCGCGCACUCAGCAAAGCCGUUUAG